AUUCUGAAUUGAGAUGUCUGCAGACUUUUUUUUUUUUUUAAUUCCAGCCCGAUUUGGGGCCUCCUCCUCUCAAGCCCCGGAGCUCCACAUUGGUCUUUUCAUCCUUCUGUUUCUAUGCAGACACCUCCAAUAUCCCCCCUCACCCUUAAUCCACUUAACUCCCGCUUGUCACUUCAUCCCAACACUCCCCGCGCCCCUGGACUCCCUCUCUGCUCUGGUCUUGGCACUCAGCCCCUAUAACCCUCACCCUGAGCCCACGCCCCCCGCGGUCCCCCUCUGAGUCCUACCCUGAACCUACAGCGUCACUGGAAUUUGGGCUUCUUUAUGCUUGAUGUGCUUCACGCUCACCCUCACGUUACUGUUUUUAAUGUUAGUGGAAGAAGGGCCACCGUUCCUUCUCGAUCCGCGAACUCGCACCGUCAAGUUCAGCAUUGCCCAAGUCAUUCGAUUCAACUGGUGAUGAAAUGGGGGUCACCCAGUCUGUGGGCUUUCCACCUGUCACGGGACCCCAUCUCGUAGGCUGCGGGGAUGUGAUGGAGGGCCUGAGUCUGCAGGGGAGCUUCUUUCGACUAUUCUACCCCUGCCAAGAAGCAGAGACCACGGAGCAGCCCCUGUGGAUUCCCCGCUAUGAAUACUGUAGUGGCCUUGCUGAUUACAUGCAGUUUAAUAAGCGCUGGGGAGGUUUGCUGUUCAACCUGGCCAUAGGAUCUUGUCGCCUGCCUGUUAGCUGGAAUGGCCCCUUUAAGACAAAGGAUUCAGGAUACCCCUUGAUCAUCUUCUCCCAUGGCCUGGGAGCCUUCAGGACCUUGUAUUCUGCCUUCUGCAUGGAACUGGCCUCUCAUGGCUUCGUGGUUGCUGUACCAGAGCACAGGGACGGGUCAGCUGCGGCCACCUGUUUCUGCAGACAGGCCCCAGAGGAGAACCAGCCCACUAGCAAGUCGCUGGAGGAGGAAUGGGUCCCCCACCGGAAAAUUGCGGAAGGGGAGAAGGAAUUCCAUGUUCGGAAUGGCCAGGUGCAUCAGAGGGUCCACGAGUGUAUGCACGUGCUGAGGGUCCUGCAAGAGGUCACCGCUGGGCGGACCAUCCUCAACAUCUUGCCUGGGGGGUUGGAUCUGAUAACCUUGAAGGGUGGCAUUGACAUGAGCCGUGUGGCCGUGAUGGGGCAUUCCUUUGGAGGGGCCACGGCUAUUUUGGCUCUGGCCAAGGAGGCCCAGCUUCGGUGUGCAGUGGCUCUGGAUGCUUGGAUGUUUCCUCUGGAACGGGAUUUUUACCCCAAGGCCCGAGGCCCUGUGUUCUUCAUCAAUGCUGAGAAAUUCCAGACAGUCGAGAGUGUUAACUUGAUGAAGAAGAUCUGUGCCCGGCAUGAACAAUCCAGGAUCAUCACUGUCCUUGGUUCUGUUCAUCGGAGUCAAACGGACUUUGCUUUUGUGACUAGCAGCUGGAUUGGAAAAUUUUUCUCUACUCAAUCCUGUGGGAGCUUGGACCCUUAUGCAGGUCAGGAGAUUGUGGUGCGGGCCAUGUUGGCCUUCCUGCAGAAGCAUCUCGAUCUCAAAGAGGACUAUGACCAGUGGGAUAGCCUCAUUGAAGGCAUCGGACCGUCGCUCACCCCAGGGUCCCCACACCAUCUGUCUAGCCUGUAGGCACAACUGGCCAUUUGUCACUGAGCCAAGUUCCCAUUUGGGGCCUGCCCAGGGAUGCCUAUAACCUGCUAUCAGGAAGCGGUUGACAUGACCCUUCUUCACAGAUUGAGAAGAUGUAAUCACACUGCUGAUUGGAUAACUGAUGUUGGACUUGAUUUUAAACUCACAUUGGGACUUGGAUCACUUAUUAAUUGCCAAACCGACUUUCUGGGUCCUGAGCCCUGAUUGUGUGGGGAACAAGCAGUGGGGUGGGGCUUAGGGGAGACCGGAACCCCAGCCGAGCACUAUGAACCCAGCUCACCUACUCCCUCACCUGGGACCAGUGUGGUUUCUCCAGGAAAGAAAUGAAGUCACAGGAUGGAGUGAAAAUUCCCACCUCAGGACCUCUGGCCUGCUGGGACUGUCUCUUCCUUCCUCUCAGCCUUCUCCCUCUCCAGGGCUGCUUGGUGAGUUCUGAGCACUUCCGGUAACUUUCUAGGGUACGGACCACCAUCGCGUUUUCUGUUAUUUCCAGCCUUCUCAUAGCCUGAAACAAAGUCCUGAGCAUGUAAUCAGGGCUGAGUUAUAGUUGUGAGUCCACGGUGGGGAGCAAAGCAGUGUUAUCUUCACGGCACAGGGAGAGAAGCUGAGGUACAUGGAGUACCUCCGAAGUGGGCUUUGCUAAAAAUGUACCUAGACAGGAGGAAACUCAAGCAGGCUGAGCAGAAGAGACAGAACAAUGGUGUUAAGUAGCCACCUGAACAGGCCCUUGCCACAAGAGGGAUCAAGUUUGGUCAGUUAGAGUCGGGGACCAUCCCUGAGGGGCCUAGGGACACUUUGGUCUUGGCUCCUACCUCAGAUAGUAUGAACUUCCUACUUGCUCACCACUAGGGUGCUGUAGUUGUCUCUCUUCUCUUUCUGAAGCCCGCACCCCAUAUUUAAGUCACGAUAUAGAUGGAAUUUCUAUCCUGUUCCACUUAUAAAUAUGAAUGAUAUUAAUACUCAUCCUUGUUCACUGAUAUGCUGGAAUAUUCUCCUUAUUUAAUCUGCAUUAGAGCAAGAUGGGGAACCAUCUGGAAGUAACUUUUCCUUCUGUCUUUCUUUGUUCGCUUACCACUUAUGUCCAUGUAGGGAAAAAAAAAAAACCUUUGAAAAGAAAGUAAGUCUUCUGAGGAAUCUGGUUCAAAGCACAUGAGGCCCAAUUUCUAGCUACUUCAACUUGAAACACUUCUCUCCACUGCUCUAGGCUUCUCUCCUCAGCCCAAGUGGGAGCAUCCAGGGGAGGUAAAUGCACAGGAGCAUCUCUACCCAGGAGGUGCAAGCCUCUCAACAGCUCUUUUGUGAUGUGAAACUUGGGAUGCAGUGAGGCCCUGGGCCUGCGGGAGGGGCCGUCUGAAUCCUAGUGAGGUGUAGACAUGUGGACACUAGAGUCCAACAGCCUGGCUUUGGGCCCUAGCGCCACACUGCUAACUGGGGAAACUUGAACAAAUUAUGUUCUUUCCAGCCUUGGUGCCUGCGUUUCUUAAAUGGGGAUCUGCAUUAGGAAAAGCUAGGAAGAGUGGGUGAGUUAUUCCAAAGUAUGUUUCCUACCCUCAAACGUGAGACUUUCCCAGUUGUCUUCUAUUUCAUUGUUUUUUACCUUAAUUGCUUUUACUGAGAGAAAAGCACCCAUUUGGUUUUUAUUCUGAAACUUGCUUGUUGCCCCAGUGCAGGGUCAAUUUCAUAAAUGUUCCAUAUAUUCUUAAAAAGACUAUCCCGAAGUUGUUGGCUUGCUGUUUAACUCAACAGCACAUUAUGAGUUUCCUUCUAGGAGAGCACGUACAGAUACGUGGUAGGGCCUUCCUGCUCCCACAUUGGGCCCGGCCACUUGGGCACUCAGAGAACCAGUGGACACUACUCCCUCCUUGCAGAGCUGGUUCUCUCUAGGCCAAGGGGCCAGUGCUGGCAGCAUUAGCACAUGAGGCCCAAUUUCUACCUUAAAUCCAUAAAUAAUGCAUCUAUUAUUUUUAAAGACCUGGUACCUUGCUAGAGAAUGAAGUUGUUUGGAAACUGAAUCCACCUUCAUUCAGCUGCUGUUCUGCUAAAGGCCCAUUUCUCCAGAAACAUGAGAGUAGGUGAAUGUUCCAUGUAAUUGAAAAUUAUCCUUUUAGCCACAAAGUAAAAUAUUGGCUACUUUGAUUGGUAAUCUGUCAGGAAGAUAGGCACACACUACUCAGUAUGAACUGACUUCAUUUAACUUUGGGAUGUUAGGCAUUGAAACCCCUGCUCUUAGUCACUGGGUUGUCCAGGCUCAUAUGCAUACUCUGUUUGCAAAUCUUUUAACUGCCAGGGUAGGAAGAGUAUGAUUUCAUAAUGAAUAGAAGGAAAGAUGUCAGACUCUGCUGCGGUUCUGCAUGACUUGUGCUGAGACUGUGCUAUCUCCACCACCACUGAGGAGUGAGUCGGGGGAGAAUGCUCAGCCUGACUGAGAGCUGCGGGCCAGGUGCUCUGUCAAUUCGAUAGACCGGAAGGCAGUGCAGGGAUUGAGAACAGAAAUCAGACAGCUCUGACAGCCCUGACAGCUAAUUUAUUAAUUUCGAUGAUCUUCAGUUUUCUCACUUGAACGGAAUUCAAAUAGUGUUGACCUUCUUAGGGUUGUUUAUAAUACUUAAAGAAUUCAUGUGAAGCACUUUCUAAGGGUUUGAUAAACACUAGCUGUUACUAGUAUUGUUUUAUUUGGUUCUCCUUACCUACCUAUGAAGUUAGUAUCAUUUGUCCUUGUACUUAACAGCCCCAGAUGGUCUUGGUCUAAGUUCUUAUUCCAAUCUCUAGGUUUCAGUUCCCUCCCUCAUCUGAAGAUUAAAACUCCCACCACUGACGGAGGGUGGGGCUAGAUAAAAAGAGUUUCCCAUUCUUGUUACUCUCACUUCAGAAAUCAAAAUCCACAUAGGCCUAGCCUUGAAGGUUUUCUUUACCACCAGGAAGAAUAAACAUGCGCAGGUCUGGUUUGAGUUUCAUUUCACACCUGACCAUCCGAACACACGUCUGCGCGCUAGAUAUAAAGUGAGGAUCCUGAAACAUGGAUGGGGAAGCAGAGGAGGAGGCCUGUGUGGUGGUUGGCCACAGGGAAAGGACCUGGAGCUGGCGCAUUGUGGGAGAGGCUAGUUGUGUUCAUUUUGUCUGUUGCCUUGAGGUGGGGUGAAGGGCCUGUGUGCCCUGUGACCUCAGGAGAAACUCCCCAGGUCUGAGGAUGGCUUGGGAACUACCUCUGAACAGCUCAAUCUCCCUCACUGGCGUAUCGAGUUUCUUACCAAGUCCUUUUCUUUCUUCCCUCUUGCUGUUUCUCACGCCCAGCCUGUCCUUUCCAUUUUAUUUGAUUCCAGGCCUCCAUCAGCUCCCCUCUGGACUAACUUUUACAGGCUCCUGCAUGCUAAUCUGUCUCUCCCCUGUGUUCUGCUGCCAGAUCUUCCUAAAACACUACUCUUGUGUCAGAUCCCAGCCUGGCAAGGUGUCUAAUGGAAAGGGGACCAAACAGAUUGCCCGUGGCACUGGGUUCUGGUCUCCCACAGUCGCUUCCCCUCUGGCACCACAUAGCGGGUGAUUUUCCUCUCAUGACCUCAGUUUCGCGAGUGUGGGGUGUUGGUUGUGGAAUUGGCUGAUCCCUAAGACCCCUUCAGUUCUGACAUUUCGUGUCUGUCAUUCAGUUGUCAGGAAUCUGCAGGGGCUCACUUCUUCCUAGACACUUACAGCUCGCUCCUGGUCUGAUCUUGCCCCACCCUUCCUGCCUUCUUACCCCUUUUCCACGGUGCCCUUAAUAUGCCCACUCAUUCCCCAGACAAACACCAUGCCCUUUCUCAUGGUGUUUUCUUGUUUGCAAGGCCUUCCCAACCCUUCUGUACAUCCAAGUAUGGCUAAUCCUUUAGGCCCGUUUCUAGCUCCCCAGAUCUUCUGUGAAAGCCUUGAUUAAAUUCAACUAACAUUUGAUCUCUUGGCCUCUUGCUCCCCAGGAGAAGUACAUUCUGAGCCAUAUUUAGUGUUGCACUAAAUAUUACAUUAUUCCAGGAGUGGGACCCAUCUGUGGGAUGGAAAAGGCACCCUCCUGCUGACUGACAUGGGGAACAGGGAUCCCUCUCCCCUCCCUCCACCCCCAUCAGCAGGCUUCUUAUUCUCCAGCCAGACUUGGGAACAGCUGGUGUUCACCCGGCCCUCUGAUGUCUCCAGCUGCCCCUGCUUCCUUUUUCUUUGGUUUGCCCAGAUCGCAGCUGUGGGGACCAGGGCAGAGCCAGUGACGGUACAGCCAAAAGCUGCUGGAGCAAAGCAAGAACCAUGGACAUGUAGCGCUUGGGAGUUAGAAGGGGGACAAAACUGAGCAUAAUCACACCAAUGUUGAAAAUGAGGGAAAGAAGUUUGCCAGCUUGUUUUUCUCAUCUUGCUUUCAUCUAAAAAAAGAAGCUGCUCAGAAUACAGUCCUCCUCCUGCUAAGCCAGAUGGUCCCUAGAUGCUCGGCCUGCCAAGUGUGCAUAUGUAAUUAUUCAUCUUCAUAGAAUCACACCCAGGUCUGAAUCCAGACACUGACACUUUUUUGCCAUUUGAGCUGGAGCCAGUGAACCCUUCUGAGCCUUUCUUUGUUUUUCUGUAAAAUGGGGUCACUCACCCUUGCUCACCUCAGGAGUUUUUGGGGAAAGAGGGUUUCAAUGUAAGAAUGAAGAUCACUUUGUAAUUUACAAGCACUACACAAAUCUAUGUUGCUGUUAAUAAUAAAUGUGCCAUAUUUUGUUUGUGCCGUAGUGUGCUACUACUUAAUGAGCACUUGUCCUGUGCCAGAUACUGUGCGAAGUGUUUUACAUAUUGUAGCAUUUCAUCCCAGCGACAUUCCUGAAAGGUAGCGCAUAUUGUCGUCAUGCAGCACAUCGGGAAAGAGGUUUAGAAAGCUCUGCUAGGGGGCCUCCCCAGUGGCGCAGGGGUUAAAGACUGUGCCAUCAAGCUAUCUGUAGCCGCUGCAACAUGAGUUCAAUCCCCGGCCAGGGAGCUACCCACGUGGCUGUCUCAUCUGCUGCUCUCCUCAGCAGUGUAUUUCAGUAGAUCCACCUGUUCUGUUCCCCACUCUGCCUCUCACCCCCUGUACCCUAGUUCUUGCAUGCAUGAAUAAAUAAAUCUUAAAAAAAAAAAAAACAGAAAGCUUGGCUAGCUCAGCCACAGUCACCCAGCAUGUAAGUGCUGGUGCCAGGAUUGGAACCUCAACAAGUUCAUUACUAUCUCACAAGAGGAAAGCAGUUCUUUGUCCUAUAUAAGCUAAAAUAACCCACAGGUUUGGUUUCCAGUAAAUGCCCUAAAGCCAGUGGAUUAUGCAAAGUCAUUUUGUUGAAACCGACCGAGUCCUGACCGUACACCUUGAAUUGCUUUCUGGCAGUGAGGUGGACCACUUCCGUCCACGCAUCCUCCUAGCCACCUCAUAUAAAGCUAGCGCUUCAGGGGGCAAACCCAUUAAUAUGGCACCAUGGAGCCAACUGGCUGGCAGAAAAUUUUUUGAAGUCUCUAACCCACUUGCAAAGGACAUGCUCUGCUCCAGAUGCGCACUCUAGAGGCAGGGUCACUUGGAACCGAAUGCAAAUAUCCAUGGCCUGGCCAUGUCUCUAGAG